GAGUAGACAUUUUGGAUUUAAAGCGACAAAGAGCCUCGGGCUGUGAUCUGAUCCGCUGUCGGGACAUAAACACCGCUAACGUUAACUGUUCGAGAGAGUGACAGCUAAUUACACUUCGGGUAGCUCUAUGAAAGUGAAGCAUUUCGUGAGACACGCGUACGUUGCGUUUGCUGUAGAAUGGGGUUGUCCUGACUGAUCCGAAGAGUCUCUCGUCAGCCUCCCGUUUCGUCGCCUUUUUUCGAGCCGUGUUGUUGAGGAGCGUCGGUGGCUCCACUGCGGAUAGCUGUGUGAUCACCGUGUCGACGCGAAGUUGCCGACCGGCGAGGGAGUGACUGAAAUCGCUGACGUUAACCCUGCUCUGUGUGUGGCUGCAGCAGCGGCAGCAGCGUUAGCAUCAUCAUCAUGUCCACCAUGGUGUGUCCCACGCGUGGCGACGAGAAGACGGAGAAGCUGACCCAGGAGGAGAUCAUGAGCAGCACGCGGCUGGUGGCCCAGGGCCUGGAGGCGCUGCGCAGCGAGCACAACGCCAUCCUGCACAGCCUGGUGGAGACCAUCCGCUGCCUGAAGAAGGACGAGGAGGCCAGCCUGGUGCACGAGAAGUCCAGCCUGCUGCGCAAGUCCGUCGAGAUGAUCGAGCUGGGCCUCGGGGAGGCACAGGUGAUGAUGGCGCUGUCCAGCCACCUGAGCGCGGUGGAGUCGGAGAAGCAGAAGCUGCGUGCGCAGGUGCGGCGGCUGUGCCAGGAGAACCAGUGGCUGCGGGACGAGCUGGCCAACACGCAGCAGAAGCUGCAGAAGAGCGAGCAGAGCGUGGCCCAGCUGGAGGAGGAGAAGAAGCACCUGGAGUUCAUGAACCAGCUCAAGAAGUACGACCAGGACCUCUCGCCCACGCAGGAGGAGAAGGUGGGCGGGGAGACCCCCAAGGACUCCCUGGAUGACCUCUUCCCCAACGAGGACGAUGACCACGGACCAGGAAUGCCCCAGCAGCACAACAGUGCGGCGGUGGCGGCGGCGCAGCAGGGCGGCUACGAGAUCCCGGCGCGGCUGCGCACGCUGCACAACCUGGUGAUCCAGUACGCCUCGCAGGGCCGCUACGAGGUGGCCGUGCCGCUCUGCAAGCAGGCGCUGGAGGACCUGGAGAAGACCUCCGGUCACGACCACCCCGACGUGGCCACCAUGCUCAACAUCCUGGCGCUGGUCUACAGGGACCAGAACAAAUACAAAGAGGCGGCCCACCUGCUCAACGACGCUCUGUCAAUCAGAGAGAAGACCCUCGGCAAAGACCACCCAGCGGUGGCAGCCACCCUGAACAACCUGGCCGUGCUCUACGGGAAGAGGGGCAAGUACAAGGAGGCCGAGCCCCUCUGCAAGAGGGCCCUGGAGAUCCGCGAGAAGGUGUUGGGCCGGGACCACCCGGACGUGGCCAAGCAGCUGAACAACCUGGCGCUGCUGUGCCAGAACCAGGGCAAGUACGAGGAGGUGGAGUACUACUACUGCCGCGCGCUGGAGAUCUACGAGACCCGCCUGGGCCCCGACGACCCCAACGUAGCCAAGACCAAGAACAACCUGGCCUCUUGCUACCUGAAGCAGGGCAAGUACAAGGAAGCAGAGAUCCUCUACAAAGAGAUCCUCACUCGCGCCCAUGAGAAGGAGUUUGGAUCCGUGGAUGCUGAAAAUAAGCCAAUCUGGAUGCAUGCAGAGGAGCGGGAGGAGAGCAAAGGCAGGACUGAAGAGGGCACUCAGUACGGGGGAUGGUACAAGGCCUGUAAGGUUAGCAGCCCCACUGUUCACACCACACUGCGGAACCUGAGUGCUCUGUACCGCCGGCAAGGCAAGAUGGAGGCCGCCGAGACCCUGGACGAGUGCGCCAUGAGGUCCCGCAAGCAGGUCCUGAGGGAUGGUGAGGGGGACCGUGAUCGCAGGCGGAGCAGAGACAGCCUCUCCAGCAUCAAGUACGAGAGCGGCUCCGAGGCUGGAGAUGAGGGCAGCGUGGAGUGGAAUGGGGCAUAAGCCAAUGCAGCCCCCCCCCCCUUUCUCUCCCUUCCUGUCCACCACCAAUCAAAUCAAACUUCAAUCACGCCAGUCCAAUCAAAAGGGAUGAUGUGUGUCGUAUCCGUGUGUCUUCUCCGCCCUCCUUCGGCCUCCUUCCUCCUCCUCCUCCUCCUCCGACGCCGCCCUUCCGUCUGGACAUCCGCACGUCUCCGAGAGCUCCAAAGAUGGGAAAGAGAGGAGAGGAGAGGAGGAGAGGAGUGUCUGCAGCUCCCAGCUUGCGCUGCUCGCGUCUGCCUGUCUGAUCUGAACAUGUGGGGUGGGGCCAUGCAGGAGCUUCUGUCUGUUUCACCUUCCUGCUUGAUUCUUCUCCUCCUCUUUGUAUAACCUGCUCUCUCUCUCUCUCCCUCUCUCUUUCUCUAUUCAUCCCUCUGUUUCUGAAUUUCCUCUUUCUCUCUCUGUCUCUUUAUCUCUCUCUUUCUCUAUUCCUCCCUCUGUUUCUGUAUUUCCUCUCUCUCUCUCUCUCUCUCUCUCUCUCUCUCUCUGCCUCCCCUACUGUACCUGCAUCAUGACUGUAAUGGCACAUUCCCGAUUGCUCUAUAACGCCGUGUGAUGUGAUGUUGGAUCACACCUGUCCGUGUGAGGUGCAUGUCCAAUCACGCAAGCCAACCACUAGCAGUGACCUAAUAUAUCAACGACACCCUUGUCCCCCGGAGCAGAUCGUGUGUACAUAAUUGUGUAAUAGUAACCUGGUUCAAGCCUUAUGUUCAAAUAUGUUUGUUUUUUUGUAUUACAUAAUUUUGUGUUGUGUUUGCGUUGCGAAUUUGAGUGUAGACUUUUGUUGUCAAGAAUCGUUAGGUUUGCAUUCCAAAGGUUUUAUAAGGGUACGAUAAAAAAACAAAACAAAAAAAAUGGGUGUGUUUUGGCAAAUAAUCCUAUGCGCUUUAUACACAUUGUCUUCAUGUUUUUUUUUUUUUGCUGAAAACUCUCACAAUGUGCAUGCAAUGCAUAGGGAUAAUGACGAGCAUUGUAUUUUGGUAAACUUACCCGUAGAAUCAGAUCAAUAGUCUCUAUUGCAUGUUGGGAAGCCUCUUGAAUGAUUGACAACAAAAAGCUACUACUACUUUUAACUGUAAGAUGGCCACAUUUUUCCGUGUCAAAAUCACUUUUGCGGGGAUCAUGAGAGGACCACUUUAACUGGUCUGUUUUCACACACUCAUACUCUUGAGAUUUUGCUGCAGGCAGUUUGUUGAUGUUUUUGUUUUGAUGUUUUCCAGUGGUUUAUCUUUUUAAUUUAAUGUCCACAAAUAAUUCUGAACAGGAAACAACUACCUAGGUGCCUAUAAUUUUAUCUGUUAUUUUGGGUUAACAGUAUUAACAGUGCUUUUUAUUAUUAUUAUUAUUAUUAUUAUUGUUAUUGUCAUUAUAGUUUUGCUAUUGAAUACAAUAUGUGUCUAUAUUAUAUUCUAAAACAGUCCUAGUGUAAACGUAACAAGUAUAAUGUAUUGAAUAGUAUUGGUCUAUUGGUCUAUGUCAUGUGACGCGUUCUCAGUAAGCCAUGGGCACUUGCGCAACAGGGAACUUUUACGGAACAAAGUUCUGGAUGUAGCGGUAGAAUGUUAGAUUGAGCAUGUCGUAUCUGUUAGGGUUCUUAGACUAGCAUAGAUCACAGUCGAGUUCCACGGGAGAGAUCCCUCUCCUCUAUGGGUCCGGCUAUAGAGUGAUGUUUGUGCAAUAAAGGCAGACGAGGAGAGGUCAUCGUUUAUGUUUGCGUGAGACGGAAUAAGGAAGAGUUCAGGGACUAGCAAAAUAGUCCCCUGAUUGUUGUUUACAGAAACUUUUUUUUUAUUUUUGUUUCAGUAUUAUUUUCUUUGACAGACCUAAUCAAUUCAGUUUUCCAAAACCAGAACGUUAAGUGUGUUAGACAGAUUGACAGUUGGGUGACCGGUUCUGAUUGUUGCCAAGAUAAGCAGCAUCUCACAGGCUUUACGCUAUAUUUCAUUAUUGAGGGUCAAAGGUCGUAGAUAAUAACUAGUAAUACUAACGAGCUAUUCAAAGUGAUUCUCUCUGUGUUUCUCUCUCUCUCUCUCUCUCUCACACACACACACACACACACACACACACACUCGCUUACAAACAGCUUUUGAAACUCCUCAACUACCAAUCAUAUUUCAAUAUGGAGGGCUUUGUUGUACCAAGGAUUUAAAGGGCAAGAACUGUAACAAAAUGAAUAAAUAAACAAAUAAAUAAACUGUCGGCUCAUUCAGCUCUGGUGAGUAAAAUUCAUUCAUUGUGUUCUCAAAGAGAAAGCGCGUGCUGAGGAAUAAGCGGUUCUAAAGCUCUCUGAGGACUUCCCAUUGUAACAGCUUACAGUAUAGCCAACAGGGCACUUGUUCCUUUUACAAUAGAACUGCUGGCUGGCCUGCCAAAAACACCCAACUUAUUAAAAAAAAAAAAAAAAAAAACAUUCACACUCUGAAUUUUGGGUGAAUUUUAUUUUAUUUUAUUUUUAUUUGUUUCGAAACAGCACAAUCUCACUGAAGAUGUUUAAUUCAAGUCUGUGUGUCUGUGUGUGUGUGUGUGUGUGUGUGUGUGUGUGAGUGUGUGUGUAACUGUAAACACUGAAUAUUGGUUGAUUUUUUAAAAUUAUUUAUUUUAAAACACCACAACCUCACUCACAUGUGAUGUGAGUACAUACGUGUCAGCACUUGAGUAUUUUAACGGUGCUAUGAGACCCGCUCCUCUGGUCCAAGGCUGUGUGUUGUGUGCAGUGCAGUUCAGUCCUCUUCUGCGCACACAAGGAGGGAAUAAGUGCUCAGGACACAUAAAGCUCUAGAGACGUGACCGUCACAUACGCAAGAUUAGUAGUGCAUGUAGUGUAUAAAGCAGCACUGUCUACAGUGUCAUGAAUAUGUCUUUCUUUCCCUCUUUCUCACACACACACACACACACAUACACACACACACACACACACAACGUGAAAUAUAAAACACAAUGUGGUCUCGCAGCUCUUUCCUUAUUUCUCUUGAUCUUUAUCUCUCCAUCAGUCCUUUGCUCUCUCCCAGAGUCCCAGCAUCCUCUCUUUUUUUGGCCCGCCACGUCCCCAAGCCAUUAGAAGCCUUCUCCUUCUCCUUUUCUCUCCAUCUUUCUCUCUCUCUC